UCUCUUUACUGAAAUCUUAUCAUUUUCUCAACAAUUAAUUGUGAAUAUCUUUUUUUCUGUUGGACGAUUAAUUGAUUAAUCAUAUGAUUACAAUCAGUUGACCAAUGGAGCCAACACCCGAUAUUGUCCAGUGUUUGUCUCCAAACGUGUUUAUCAUAUGUUUACUUUUCGGCUCUUCAGUUUUUUCCAAUUCUUUUUCUUCAUCCAACUGAUUGUUCUUUUAAUCAAUCCUAAGAUUUUUCUUCAUUCUUGUGAGCUCAUGACCUUAAAUUGUUCUAGCAAAAUUUGCUUCGUUUCUGGUUGAAAACACUUACUGAAGGCGAAUUCACAUUCAGAGUCCACACCCAAUUAUUCAUAAUUAGACGAUCCCAUUUUAUUGAUUCUCUUCAAUUGAGAUCAGUCAUUUUCUAUCAACAUGAUUAAGUUAAUCAACGUAUUUUCAAUCAUUUCACUAGUGUUAAGUGAAAUUAUCUCAGGAAAAAUGAUCACCGAGCAAUCAACUAAUUACCUUCAUAAUCAGUCUAAAGGAGGAAAAUCAAUUCUUUUUCCAAUUAUUUUAGUUCCGGGUGUCGGUGGAAGUCAAAUAGAAGCGAAAUUGGAUAAGAAAGAUGUCGUUCAUCAUUUCUGCGAUUCUCACACCGACUAUUAUUUUACCCUUUGGAUCAGUUUAUCUGAGGCCUUACCUUAUGCGAUCGAUUGUUUUACCGACAACAUGAGAUUAGUUUACGAUAAUGUGACCCGAUUGACAUCAAAUUCCCCGGGAGUUGAAACUCGAAUCCCCGGUUUCGGAGAGACUCAAACAAUUGAAUAUCUCGACCCGAACCAAAUACCGUUGACUGGUUAUUUCAAUAUUAUGGUUGAUUAUCUGAUUAAUUUGGGCUAUGAGAGAGGUAGAAACAUCCGAGGUGCUCCUUAUGAUUUCAGAAAAUCUCCAAGAGAAUUAACUGAUUAUCUGGAUAAAUUGAAACUCCUUAUUGAGGAAACUUCAGAAUCCAACUAUGGAUCACCUUGUAUCCUCAUUUGCCAUUCAAUGGGCUGCCCUUUGAUGCUUUACUUUCUCCUUGGCCAAUCAGCUGAAUGGAAAUCAAUUUACAUCCGAAAUUUAAUUACCCUUGCAAGUCCUUGGGGUGGAGCAGUUAAGGCCAUGAAAGCUUUUGCGACCGGUGAAAAUCUUGGUGUUUUAUUGGUUCCAAAUUUGUCAGUUCGUCGAGAUGAACGAACCUUCCCUUCAAUGGCCUUCCUUUUACCCUCACAAGACUUUUGGCCCACCACAGAAACGAUUAUCAAAGUUGGUUCAGCCAACUAUUCAACAGCAAAUUACGAGCAAUUUUUUGAAAACAUUUCUUAUCCGGUUGGUUAUCAGAUGUGGUUAGAUGUGAAUAACAUUCUGUCCAAUUUACCGGCACCAAAUGUCCCCGUUAGCUGCAUCUAUGGAGUCGGGACCCAAACGAUGGAGUAUCUGGAAUAUGAUCCACCCGAAAAGUUUCCUAACCAUAGACCAAACAUUAUCCAUGGCGAUGGUGAUGGAACAGUUAAUUUAAGGUCACUUGAAGGUUGCCUUCGUUGGACAGAUCAACAGACACAAUCAGUUGAUUAUCUCAACGUCACUGGUGCUGAUCAUUUAUCGAUACUCGCCGAUCCAAAUGUCCUUAAUUACAUAAAGAAAAUCGCAACAGCCCAAAACUAACUCGAGGCAAUUAAGUUGACCAUCUAAAAGAUACUCAUCAAACUUAUCAAGUUUAUUCAUGUUGAUUUUUUUACCGCUAAAUUCAUUUGAUUGUUGUUCGAUUGCCAAUCAGUCAUGAUUAGAAUUAAAUUAAUUAAACCCAUAAAGAUUAAUGAGA